AUGGGCGACGACGACGCCGCCCGUGUCCCGAUGGGAGUUGUGAAGGCGAUGCUGAAGACCCACACGGGCAUCGGUGCAAAUUCCACCAACGACCAGUACGCGAAAGAGUUGUAUCUCGCGAUCCAAGCGCUUGAAUCGAACUACGUCAAGCCGUUCUUGUCCGCUGUGUACAACCAAGCGUCGGAAACGACGGACGGCGUUCUCGAACGCGUUAUCACGGACAACAUCGCCGAUGUCGAGCGGUAUCAUACCUUGACGAACCAGCUCAAGACUCUCGAGGCGGCCAAGAGCAUCAUCCACGCUUACUGA